GGCACCACUGCGCUGGUGAGCGUCCAGGUGGGCCCCAAGCUCUACACCGCCAACACGGGGGACUGCCGGGCGGUGCUGUGUCGUGGCGGCCGGGCGGUGAGACUGUCCCGCGACCACAAGCCGGAGCUGCCGGAGGAGCGCACCCGCAUCGAGGCGGCGGGGGGGCGGGUGGCCAACGUGCGGGGUACGUGGCGGGUGGUG